ACCUUCACCGCCGUACUCACAGACCGAUUUUCACAAUGGCCACCGCUUUCGGUUCUGUCUUCUCUCGGCCGUUCUCAAUCAAUCGACUACCCUUAGCUUCAUGUCGUGCUUUGGGCAGACCUCAGCCUAGUCGCGUCUCUGGGCUGCAAACCCCAUUCUUUCGCCUAUACUCUUCCACCGCAUCCAGGGAAACCGCAAGGAGUACACCAUUGUCGGCUGUGAAAGUAGCAGGAGUAGCCACCGUCGGCCUGGGAUUGUCUGCUCUUGCCAACUGGACUCCUAUAUACUGUGAACCCGGAGCUGGUCCUACCAGCCCAACUCCCCCGCCGCCUCCCAAAAAUGCUUCAAAUGACCCCGGUCUACCCCCUCUUCCUCCACCACCUCAGUCCUCGCUAAACCUGUACGAGCUCUCCUUCGGCACUGUUUGUGGUAUCUGCGCUGGCGUAUUCGUCAAGAAAGGGGCCAAAGCCCUCGCAUUUGGACUUGGCGGUAUAUUUGUGUUGCUUCAGUACUUGGGCUCGAUGUCCGUGGUGAAGGUGGACUGGGCUCGUAUGGGGAGGAAGUUUGAGAACCUGUUCUACAAGACGGAUGCGAGUGGGGCAAAGAAGGCUCCGACUAUCUCAUCUUUGUGGAACUGGCUGGUAGACUUCUUGACGGCGGAUUUCCAGCCGAGGGCAUCGUUCCUUGCUGGGUUGGCCCUAGGGUUGAGGAUUGGCUGAAAGUUGAUAUGGGCGUAUCACUUAUCGAAUGUCUAGUAGAUACGAGGGAAAUAGCACCAGUAUUUAUGUGAAAUACAUUCCGAAUCAUAAAC